GCCCGUGUGGAAUGCGGGGCCCGGCUGCGCACCAGGACUUUUAUGGAAACUUGCUGCUGGAGGCGGCGGCAGGAGGCAGCCACGGGGCUCGGGGGCCCCAGGCGGCGGUGCUAGAGCGCAGGGACCCCUCCCCACGGCCAGGCGCAAGACGCCUUACCGGCUCCCGGCGGGUACGAAAACAUCCAACACUUCAGCAGCUCAAACGCACACAGAGCAAACAUGAAUGAUAUUUCCCAAAAGGCUGAGAUUAAAGAAUUGCUUGCUUCUGAUGAGGAGGAGGAGGUUUCUUCUAAAUCAGAAAAGGCUUAUGUCCCAAAGCUAACAGGCACUGUUAAAGGUAAAUUUGCUGAAAUGGAGAAGCAAAGACAAGAGGAAGAAAGGAAGAGAACAGAGGAGGAACGAAAACGCAGAAUCGAGCAGGAUAUGUUAGAAAAGAGGAAAAUACAGCGUGAAUUAGCAAAAAGGGCUGAGCAGAUUGAGGACAUAAACAAUACGGAAACUGAAUCAGCACCAGAGGAAGGAGAUGAUUCACUGCUUAUAACAGUAGUGCCUGUCAAAUCAUAUAAGACAUCUGGAAAAAUAAAGAAGAAUUUUGAGGAUGUAGAGAAAGAACAAGGAGUAAAAUGUGAACAGCAACAGCGAACUCUCAAGGAGGCAAAGUGUCUUUCAUUGGUCAUGGAUGAUGAACUGGAAAAUGAAGCCAAAAAGGAAACACAUUUUCCUGGAAAACUGAAACUAACUUUUGAAGAAUUGGAGCGACAAAGACAAGAAAACCGAAAGAAGCAAGCUGAAGAGGAAGCAAGACAACGUUUAGAAGCCGAGAGGCGUGCUUUUGAAGAAGCAAGGAGGCAAAUGGUAAAUGAAGAGGAGGAAAACCAAGACACAGGAAAUAUUUUUAAAGAGUACCGCCCUGGCAAACUCAAACUUAGUUUUGAGGAACUAGAAAGGCAAAGGAGAGAAGAUGAAAAAAGAAAAGCAGAAGAAGAAGCCAGGAGGAGGAUAGAGGAAGAAAAGAAGGCAUUUGCUGAAGCACGGAGAAGCAUGGUAGUAGAUGAUGACUUCCCAGAGUUGUAUCAAACCAUUUCUCAAGAAUCACUUACACCGGGGAAACUGGAAAUUAAUUUUGAAGAAUUAUUAAAACAAAAAAUGGAAGAAGAAAAACGACGAACAGAGGAGGAACGGAAGCAUAAACUAGAAAUAGAGAAACAGGAAUUUGAACAGCUGAGACAAGAAAUGGGAGAGGAAGAGGAGGAAAAUGAAACUUUCGGACUGAGCAAAGAGUAUGAAGAACUAAUUAAAUUAAAAAGGAGUGGUUCUAUUCAAGCUAAAAAUCUAAAGAGCAAGUUUGAAAAAAUUGGACAGCUAUCGGAAAAAGAAAUACAGAGAAAGAUAGAAGAAGAAAGAGCAAGGAGGAGAGCAAUUGACCUUGAAAUUAAGGAGCGAGAAGCAGAAAACUUCCACGAGGAAGAAGAUGUUGAUGUAAAGCCUGCAAAAAGAAGUGAGGCUCCAUUUACUCAUAAAGUGAAUAUGAAAGCUAGAUUUGAACAAAUGGCUAAGGCAAGAGAAGAGGAAGAGCAGAGAAGAAUAGAACAACAAAAAUUAUUACGAAUGCAGUUUGAACAAAAAGAAAUUGAUGCAGCACUACAAAAGAACAGAGAGGAUGAAGAAGAAGAAAGCAGCAUCCUGAAUGGCUCCACUACUGAAGAUGAAGAGCAAACAAGAUCGGGAGCUCCAUGGUUUAAAAAGUCACUCAAAAACAUGUCAGUUGUAGACAGCGAGCCAGUCAGAUUUACUGUUAAAGUAACUGGAGAACCCAAGCCAGAAAUUACAUGGUGGUUUGAAGGAGAAAUACUUCAAGAUGGAGAAGAUUAUCAAUACAUUGAAAGAGGAGAAACUUACUGCCUUUACUUACCAGAAACUUUCCCAGAAGAUGGAGGGGAGUAUAUGUGUAAAGCAGUCAACAGUAAAGGCUCAGCAGCUAGUACCUGUAUUCUUACCAUUGAAACUGACGACUACUAGGCUUCCUUCUCCCCUUGGAAAUUCUCUCUCCAACUUUCUUACUACAUCCAUCUUUUCUGUGGCGGGGCCAAAAA